GGGUUCUGUUAAAAUCUUUUUUUUUUGGUUCUGUUGAGCCGUACGUUUUUUUAAUACCAAUUCUUGGUUUUGUUUUUUUGGAAUGAAACGGGUUAACGGGUCGGGGUAUGGCCGACCCAGUUGUUUGAGGUUGAAGGGUUUGCUCUUCUUGUUGUUGUUCUUGUGUUUGUUGGCUUCAUGAAUUUGUAUAAAGUUUCAUUCUUUUAGUAUUUGUCUUGAGUUCUGCUUUUCGUUUAGGGCUGACAAGUACAAGAAUUGAUGAGUCUGAUUUGAGCAUAUACUAUAUUACUUUGAGGUUGAAGCAUUGCUGUUGUUGUUGUUUUUGUGCUUGUUGGCUUCAUGAAUUAGUCUGCAAGUUUAAAAUUUGUCAUUCUUUUAGGAUAUGUUUCGCGUUCUGCUUUUCAGUUAGGGCUGAGAAGUACAGAAAAUAUGAGUCUGAUUUGAGCAUAUACUCUUACUAGUUUGAGGUUGAAGCAUCUGUAUUGCUGUUCUUGUGCUUGUCGGCUUCAUGAAUUACUAUGGAAUUUUAAAAAUUUUAUCCUUUAAGGAUUUGCCGUGGUUUCCAUUCCACAAGUGUUACUGAUAAUCUAGAUAUGUGAUACAAUAACAACAUACCCAGCGUAAUCCCACAAGUGGGGUCUGGGGAGGGUGGUGUACUUGAGAAUCAAGCGUUUUUACCAUUAAAGAAUUUCCCGCUUUCUUUAUUUUACAGAUAUGGAUUUUAUCGAUCAGUAAUAAUAAUGCCAGUAAUUUGUCCGAGAUGAUUUUUUUGGAAAAAAAAAAAAAAAGAACAGAUCAUCCAUUGUUCUACUGCAUAUCCUAGUUUGGCACGAAGGAAUGAAGCUCUUACUCCUACCUUGUGAAGGUAGAGAAGCUGUUUCCUAUAGACCUUCGACUCAAUCUGGACAUAUUAUAGUUAAUUAAUUAAUCAGUUCAGAUUAAUUAGUCUCAUUUACACAAAAAUGAUUACUAAAUGAUUCUUUUUCAUCAAAAUUAUAAAUUUAUUAGAUUGCCUUACAAAAAUUAUUGCAAAACCAAGCAUAUAAUCUAAAUACCGAAAAUUUGGCGAAAAAGGAAAAAAGGAGAAUAAUUUGUUUUUUUUUUUUGGGCGGGGGGAGGGGAGUAUAGAAGGAGUGACAAAAACGCCGUCUUUUCAGUUUUUGUGUCCUCUCUAACCUGCCGCGCCAGAGUAAGCAGAGAGCAAUGUCGAAAAUACCUAUAGGGUGUGAGCCAGUGGUGGGAUCGUUAACGCUGUCAAACCAAACGAAGUACAGAAUGACUUACAAAAUGCAAGAACGCAACAAGCACAAGAAGAACAACGAUGAAAAAGAAGGCAAGUGCCCAUUAUACGUGAUUGUCUUCAACUUCAUCGACUCUCGCUUCUUCAAUCUCUUUGCUGCUGUCGGCGGAAAUCGAGUUACUGUAUACCAAUGUCUUGAAGGCGGUGCUAUUGCUGUGCUGCAGUCUUAUAUUGAUGAAGAUAAAGAUGAAUCCUUUUACACUGUAAGCUGGGCCUGCAAUAUUGAUGGGAGUUCAUUGAUAGUGGCUGGAGGAAUAAAUGGAAUUCUCCGUGUUAUUGAUGCUGGCAAUGAGAAGAUACACAAGAGCUUUGUUGGGCAUGGAGACUCAAUAAACGAAAUUAGGACUCAAGCCUUGAAACCAUCUCUUGUAGUUUCUGCCAGCAAAGAUGAAUCUGUUCGCUUGUGGAAUGUUCAUACUGGAAUAUGCAUUUUGAUAUUUGCUGGUGCUGGGGGUCAUCGAAAUGAAGUACUCAGUCUGGACUUCCAUCCUUCUGAUAUAUAUCGCAUUGUUAGCUGUGGAAUGGAUAAGACUGUUAAGAUCUGGUCAAUGAAAGAGUUCUGGACAUAUGUAGAGAAAUCAUUUACUUGGACGGAUCUUCCUUCCAAGUUCCCUACAAAAUAUGUUCAGUUUCCAGUGAGUAUUUUCUUGUUGCUUCUUUCCUUCCGUCUUUUUCCUUGUGAAACUUCGGUUGGAGAUUUUUUUCUUGCUGUAACCUCCUUUUUAUCCUUUCAGAUAUUCAUAGCUUCAGUCCAUAACAAUUACAUUGACUGUAACCGAUGGCUUGGUGAUUUUAUCUUGUCCAAGAGUGUUGAGAAUGAAAUUGUACUGUGGGAACCAAUGAUGAAACAGUCUCCUGGAGAGGGCACCGUUGACAUCCUCCAAAAGUAUCCUGUCCCAGAGUGUGAUAUAUGGUUUAUCAAGUUUUCAUGUGAUUUUUACUACAAAGCGGCAGCUAUAGGAAAUAGAGAAGGGAAGAUCUUUGUCUGGGACCUACAGUCCAGCCCACCAACUCUGAUUGCAAGGUUAUCUCAUGUUCAAUCUAAAUUACCGAUUAGACAGACUGCCAUGUCUUUCGAUGGAAGCACCAUACUUAGCUGCUGUGAAGAUGGGACUAUAUGGCGCUGGGAUGUGGUUGCAACUUCUUGAGUUUGAGCAGCGAUUAGCUUGAUGUGCCAGUGAAUGAACUUGUAUUAUAAGUGGUGCACAUAAUGCUGUAAUAUAACUUUUUGUAGUGGUCAAAAACUCAGUGUAGCCUUGAGUGGGUCUGAGAUUGUUGCUAAGUUGAUACUAAUCUUAGUUUGUUGUGAUAUUGUUGCUAAGUUGGUGGUACUAAUCUUAGUUUGUUGUUUGAAUUGG